AUGGAAUGGUCCGAUUACGGUAGUGCAGAAGGAAUGCAUUCAAGAAGGUUAGUUAAGUCAAGAAGUCUGGGAUUUGUUUGGGAUUUAUACGGAGUUUGGGAUUGGGAUUUAUACCGAGUUGCCUUGAAAUUACACCGGAUUGAGGUGUAUUCCGCAAGAACGACUCAAACCGAAUCCAAAAGCGUUGUGCAUACAGAAAUACGGUGCGGAGUUCUGUCGUCAACUCGAGGUUGCCUGCUAUCGCGUGAAGAAUGUGCCAUUCCAAGAGAACAUGCUCUGCACGGUCUGCGAAAUACCGCAAGUUAUUGA